UUACACACGAAAAUAAUAUCGCAACAAGGUGAAACUUAAACUUUUUCUUCUCCGGAGUUCUGUGUACACGUCACAUACACCAUAGUUAAUCGAUUUCUACGUGUCCGAUCACACGCGGUUGACGACGAUAUCAUUCACUCAUCAGCAUGAUUACGGCCCGUUUGAUCGUUUUAUCCUCGGCCCUCGUCAUUAUUAUCCCAAGCCACGUGUUCGUUGAUGGGGUGAACAAUAUUUUGUCGUCAGAUUUUUCACCGGAGUCCAGAGAUAUUACGUAUCCAUGCAAAUGUCAAGAAAGCAAAUGCAGCUGUUGUAGCGGAAAUGUACUUCAAAACUUUAACUUUAACAUACGGCAACGGCUGUGCACCAAUAUAACAUAUUACGCCGAUGACUUCGAAUUCAACGUGCGUAUUUUAUUCAAUGAUUACACGGUGUACAAUAGAGAUAUAUCAGGUAGAAAUCCGCGACCAAUAUGCGUGCCGAUCUUCCCGCCCGCCUGGACCCGGAGUCGGGUUUGUCUGAAAUUCAGCAACGUGUACUUCGUGGGCCGCAACGUCCACAUGUGCUUGAGCAUGGAAGCACAGACCGAGAAAAAACCCGUGUUCGCCGUCGACUUCAACUGCRUCCGGAUGGGCACCUCGGGCGUGGCGUUGCUAAAACCAGAGGAUGGAGGCGGCCUAGAGCCACCGGCGCCUCAAGAUCCAGCCGACGUUCAAGCCGGAGGAACGACGACGGCRGCGGCAGUGGCUCCGGCCGAUCCAACUUCGAGCUCAACGGUCGUGAAAAAAAAUAAACCCAAACCACCACCACACGCAUGAGUUUGGUGAUAAUUCGAUUCGGAAAUCCCGACAAAAUCAUAAUUAUUGAUAUAUAUUAUGGUUUAGUUAUAGCUAAUAUAUUAUUAUUAUACCGUGUUGCAUAUGCUGACUAAAUAAUAUUGUUAUGACAGGUAAAUAUUUGGGUUGGUUCGCAUUACCGUUAUAUUAUGUGUGUGUAUAUGUGUAAAAACGUUAUUUGAUAAAUUAUUACUUAAAUUAUAUUAGUA